GUCCUAUUGUCUAUCGUCUCCCUAUCCCUUCGGGCGGUGUGUGUGAAAAGGGGGCUAACCCUACAGUAAACACACAUACCAUGUACUCUGUGUGAUGCCUAACCCGGUGCUGGCCGUCCGGUUGUGGUGUUAUUUAGUUGAAUUGUUCAAAACGUAUCGCCGGUUGAAAGCAAUGCAGCGUUUGAUUAGUAAAGUGAAAGAGUUUUCCGGUAAACGCCGGCCGGAGUUUGUGUUGGUCACCGGUGUUGGACUCAUAGUUACCGGUGCGCUAUUGGCCACAAUGUUUCCCACGCUUUUGGGUGUAGGACUGGAUAUGAAUUUUAAGCUCACAGAAGGAAAGUUUAUAUUCAAAAACUGGCAAGAAUUGCCAAUCCCUUUGAUAACCAAAGUAUACCUGUUUGACAUACAAAACCCCGAGGCUUUUAGCAACGGUGCCGUCCCUGUGGUCAGAGAGAUGGGUCCCUAUGUUUAUAAGGAAUAUAAGACCAGAGAAAUUGUUGAAUGGUCCGCCAAUUCCGAGAGGGUGAAAUACUACGAAACAAUGAAGUUUGUAUUCGACCCUGAGCUUAGCAACGGCAACCUUGAUGAUAAAAUCACUCUGGUCAAUGUACCUCUACUGCUGAUAUUCUCCAUAAUAAACUCGGCUGUGGAGAAGUUCCCAUUGACAGCCGUGGUGUCGCCCAUCGUGAACAACGUGGUCAACACAUUGCUGGUUACACAUAGGGAACGGUUUAUAGAGACCCGAACUGUGGGCGAAGUGCUGAACGGGCGCCGCAUAUCGCUGUUGGACACCAUAGACAUAGUGGCCAAACCCCUGAGGAUGAUAGGCCUGCCUAUACCCGAGUACGGCAUCUCUGCCUAUAAGCUGCGGGACAAUACCUACGGGUUUCUGGCCAUUAGGAAUAAUAGUAGGUUCGGUCCCUUUGAGACGUUGACCGGUGAGGGUGACCGACAAGACUUUGAUAGGAUCGCCACUUAUCAUGAUAAAAGUCGUCUCGGUAUAUACCGACACGGGUCGUGCGAUGCCCUCAACGGUACGGACGGCGCCUUUUUUGGUACAUUUGUGGACAACAAACGGCCGCUCUAUCUGUUUAACCUUCACGCGUGCCGGUCAUUUCGAUUGGAAUACUCGGGAGACACGACCCAAAACGGUGUGUCCGCCUAUCACUACGAGUUCCCGGACAACCUGUUUGACGGGCCGGCGUCCAGUCCGGACAACUGGUGCUUUUGCCCCAAAGGUGUGGCCAGUCAUCGCUGUCACGGAGUGCUAGACCUGUCCCAGUGUUUGUCUGGCGUCCCCUUUGCCAUGACAUACCCGCACUUUCUCAAUUCACCACGAUUCCUCACCAGUGUUCAAGGGCUGGCACCCGAUCGGUCAAAGCAUCUGGGUUAUUUUGAUAUUGAACCGACAUUGGGCAUAACUCUUAAAGGCAGCGGUCGUUUUCAAAUUAACCUUAAGCUCCGGCCAUUUAAUUUUGUGCCCGGUCUCAACGGCUUUAAACCCACCUUGUUGCCUUAUCUAUGGAUUGACGAGGGAGCACAGGUGGACGGAUGGUUGGGCACAUUAAUAAAAGCCGGAUCGUACUCUAUAAACGGCGCGGGCUAUGGCUUUAUACUGACAGUCAUAUUAGGUGUGGGCGUAUCGAUGGUCGGGUCGUAUAUGCGGUUUAAAUCGCGCCGACGUCCGAAAAGCGCAGUUAACGUCUACGCGAACCAACAAAUGCCAGACCAACACAACAACAACAAUAGUCUACAGAAACAGCCCCUAAGGAUCAACGGAUUGCCCCCCGGAUUGCCGGCCAAUAUGGCGCUCAACGGCCGGUCCAUUGAGACCAUACCCCAAGAUGUGCCUCAAAACGUGUUCACAGUUGAGAGCACAGCAGCUCAACUCAAUAUGGGUCCCAAUAGUUACCCCGUUCAGCAAAUGUCAAUCAACCCUACUUAUCGGGACAUCCCAUCCCCGCCGGGACAGGGAAAUCCGUUUGACACACCAACACCACCCCACUCGCCUCCGAAACGGCACCUGAUUGGCCAAUCGCAGCAGAAUAUACCGGGCACUGGCUUUUCCCAGGACAGUAGAGAGGAGCCGUUGAAACCCUGGCCAUACCCGCCGCCAUCGUUGCCGCCAUCUGUGACACCAUCGGGACAGCCAUCGGGGCAUCCAUUAGGACAUCCAUUGGGACAACCAUUAGGCCAAACAUCGCAACCGCUGCCGCCUGAGUGGUCAGAGCGGGACCGGGAGAUAGAGGCCAAUAUGCGACAAAUCGCCGGCCAGGUAUUCGCUGACCGCAUACGAGAGGGCCAGUUGGCCGGCAAUGCCGAUCGAAUAUACCCCGAUUUGGUGAAACUAAAUCGCGAGGUUCGCACUCUGGUUAAGGGUAGGGACAUGAAGGAGAUCGAGUUCGCCAUCGAUAUGGCCAACAAUAGGUAUUUAGUAUAA